GAGAGACAGACUGACCGCGACGGAGGGAGGGAGGAGGGGGUGAAAACGGAGAAGUGAGAAAGUGAGAAAGAAAGCCAGCCGGAGGUCAUCAAAGUAAGGGGUUUGUCUUUCUUCUGCAAAGAAUUACUCUUUUUCGUUGUCAAAUGAAUAUGAAUUACGAAUUCAUAAUGCCGACCUAAACCCUCAAAGAGUUAAUUCACCUGUUGCAAAUUUGCAAAUGCUUCAAUCAGACAAUCAAUCAAUCAAGGAAUAAGAGAAGACACACACACACACACGCACUCAUUGAUCGUUGAAUUAUUCAACUUUGAACUGUGAACCGUGAUCAUCAUCGAAUUUACGGGGGAAGGACGGAAUGAGCGGCGCACCUAAAAGAUCUCAUGAAGAGAGUACUCACUCUUCUUCUUCUUCCAAAUAUCCUCCUCACGAAGAUUCACCUUCAUUCUCUAAGCUCUCUGUCGACUACAUUCCCCCUUAUGAGGUGGGCACCCCCGACGCUCGUUUGCCCAAGAUUCCCCGCACCGAUGUCGUCCUUAUCGACAGGAAAAUCCUUCCCCCAGCAAUGUUCCACCGAUUGCCUACCGAUUCUCACCUAGAUACCGUUCCUCUUGCUUCUUCUGCUUCUGCUUCUGAGGAGCCCAAGGAUCACCACCGCCUCGAGAACCGGGAUGCUAGGGAGUUGUAUGGCGAUUCAAGGAGGGAUUCUCAAAAUGCCAAGGGCGGAGAAAAGGAUUCAAGACAUGAUAGUGGUAGUAGUAGAGGGGAAGACAAUAAGGACAUGAAGUACGAUAGGGACAGUUAUAAUGAUGCAAAGAGUGAAGUUAAGAAUGAUAAGGAUGGUUAUGGUGUUCCGACUAGUAGUCACUUGAACUGGAAAGAUUCAAAGGAAUAUAACAGGGGAAAGAGAUAUUCUGAUGCCCCUCCGGGAAGUAUGGAUGCCUGGAUUUCGCGUGGCAGCUCUCAAGGCCAUGCCGAGGCUGGGAAGGAGCCUUCAACGGUUGAGGAGAGGGAUCUUGUUGAAGCACACGAGGCUGUUGGAGAAAACAAGUUUGAUUUGAAAGGAGAAGACAAAUUCAAAGACAAGGAUAGGAAAAGGAAAGAUGUGAAACACCGGGAUUGGGGUGAAAGGGAGAAGGAAAGGGUUGAUCGUAGGAGCAACGUGCAAGUUGCUGAUGGCAAAGAAUUGACCAAGGAAGAAAGAGACGUGGAGAGGUGGGAAAGGGAGAGGAAGGAUCCCGUGAAAGAUAAGGAAAGAGUAAAAGAGAGGGAAAAGGAUCAUACCAGGAGAGAGUCGUGGAAUGGAGCUGACAAAGAGAGUAAUGAGAAAGAUUUGGGGGAUGGAUCAAACAGAUUGCAAGAGCAAGAGAAUGUGAUAUCUGAUAAUAAGAAGCAGAAAGAAUCCGAGAGCUGGAAAACUGUUGAUAAGGAAUCGAGAGACAGAAGGAAAGAACGGGAUGUCGACGGAGACGGAGAUAGGACUGAAAAGUGCAGCCGGGCAUUUGAGAAGGAAUCGGAUGAUGGUUGUGCAGCGGAUGCUGAAGGGGGUAUGGAGCGGGAAAGGGAAGUUUAUAAUUACAGUGUUCAACAGCGUAAGAGGAUGCAACGGUCUAGGGGUAGCCCUCAAGUGGUCAACCGUGAGCCCCGAUUUAGGACUCGUACUCAAGAAAAUGAAGGAUCUCAAGUUUCAGGAAAAGCUGAAGUGUCCUCUGUUGUCUAUAAAGUCGGUGAAUGCAUGCAAGAGUUGAUAAAGUUGUGGAAGGAGUAUGAAGCAUCACAGGCUGAAAAGAACAGUGAAAGCUCAAGUAGCGGGCCCACUCUUGAAAUUCGAAUACCGGCAGAGCAUGUUACUGCCACAAAUCGCCAAGUGAGAGGUGGCCAGCUAUGGGGGACAGAUAUAUACACAGACGAUUCAGAUCUUGUUGCAGUUCUCAUGCAUACAGGCUACUGCCGACCUACGGCCUCUCCUCCUCCUCCUGCUAUACAGGAGUUACGUGCUACUAUCCGUGUGUUACCUCCACAAGAUUGUUAUAUUUCUACGCUGAGAAACAAUGUCCGUUCACGUGCCUGGGGGGCUGCAAUUGGCUGUAGUUACCGUGUUGAACGAUGCUGCAUCAUGAAGAAAGGCGGCGGAACCAUUGACCUGGAGCCUUGUCUUACACAUACAUCCACAGUGGAGCCUACACUUGCUCCUGUGGCUGUAGAGCGGACUAUGACUACAAGGGCUGCAGCUUCGAACGCCUUAAGGCAACAGAGAUUUGUACGAGAAGUUACGAUACAAUACAACCUAUGCAAUGAACCUUGGAUUAAGUACAGUAUAAGCAUAGUUGCUGACAAAGGUCUGAAGAAACCCCUGUAUACAUCAGCGCGUUUAAAGAAGGGAGAAGUGUUGUACUUGGAGACGCAUUCAUGCAGGUAUGAGCUCUGUUUUAGUGGAGAAAAGGUGCUGAAAGCUAUUCAGCAAUCAUCCCAUGCACAUGAAUCGGAGGUAGAGAAAUUGCAAAAUCAUCAUUCACAUUCUGCGAACGGCGAGUGCGAGAAUGUUGUGGUUGAUGGAUUCCGAUGGUCUCGUUGUAAGACGCCUCUUCCCCAGAAAGUGAUGCGUUCGGUUGGGAUACCGCUGCCCCUUGAACAUGUGGAGGUGUUGGAGGAGAAUCUUGAGUGGGAAGAUGUUCAGUGGUCGCAAACUGGCGUUUGGAUUGCUGGGAAGGAAUACAUUCUUGCUCGGGUGCAUUUUCUUUCCAUGAAUUAAUAAUUACUUUUAAACUAUUUUCUCCUUUUUUCCCCCUCAUAUUUUGUUUAUCCUACACAUGCAUGUAUCCGGAUUUGAUGUAAGGAAUAAACCAACGCAAUUUAGAUUAAUGUAUUUUCCCAUUUUCAUUAUUUGAUUAGAUGAACUUUAUACAGACAAGUAAACAAAAUUUUAGAUUAUUUUC